CCCCGGCGGGCAAGCCGUUUGCGCGCCUGUUGAAAGCCAUGACUGCAUUGCCCGCGGUGACUCUUGUGGCGCCGCCCGAGCCGGGCGUGUGGGUGAGUCACGUGCCGUUGUGGGCUAACCCGGCGCUGUGUGAGGACGGCCGCACGUGGGAAGUGGCUUUCGCGGAUUUGUUCGCUCUGCCGGGACUGGCGUGUGUGGGCCAGCUGGUUGCAGCGCAUGACGGCCUGAACGAAAUGCGGCAGGCAUUGACACGCCCUUGGGCGGAGGGCUCCCAGUUUGGUGAAGCGUGUGUGGAAAUGUAGCGGGUGUGUCAGGGGUGGGGGCUGCCCUGGCGGCGGGGGCCUUCGUGUGCACCUUGGCCCGCUUGUGGUCGCUGAAAUGGGAGAAUCAUCAUAAGGAAGCACUGUGGCGUGUGGCCGCCAUCGCUUGCUGGGCGUUUCCACGGCAUGCUAGCGAGCGGGCGCGAGGCGUUGCUGUUGGGCGUGUGGGGUUGACAUGCAGGCUGGGGACCGGCGUCACUGGUUUUGGGACUGCACUGUUGCGCUGUCACUUCGGGAAAGUAUGGGGAUGGCUAUGGGUUUUAUGCCAGAGGAUGCUCUAAGUGCCUUCUCUCGUGAGGAGUUGUGGUUAGUGCGCCCGCCUGCGGGGCUUGCGCCACCUGUGUGGGAUGUGGUGUGUCUCGCUGCUAUGUCUGCCCUGGACUUUGGUCGGCAGCGUAUGGUUAUGGCCGGGCUGGCGGCGCGAGCGAAGCUGCCGUCGGCCCGGGUGCUGAGCAUUGGACUUGCCGUCGUAGCUGACUUCUGGGGUCGUCUCCAGACGUUUGUGACUUUGGGUAUCAGGCCAAAGGGUUGGGACACUGUGCCGUCUGCGCAUCCUUUCAUCUCUCGGGCUGUUGGUGACGGCAUGGUUUUGCGCUUGCCGUAUGACGCUGAUUCCCCGCCCCCCUCGCCGUGAGAGGUUGUGCGUGGUUGGUGGCUUUGUGUGUGGGCAGGAUGCACGUGUGGGCGACCGUUCUAGUACCUGGACGCUUGCGCCCUGGUUAGUGCGUGCGCUGUGCGUGUGUCCUGCGGCCUAGACGUUUACCGGCACUUCUGUGCCUAGGCUUGUGGCGUUGAGGCACAGCGGUGGGGCUCUGGCGGGUUGAGGCUUGGCUAGGACUCACUGUGCGCGGAGUCACACGGACUUUGUCCGCGGGAGGGUUUGCAGCAAAGUAGGGGUUGGUGGAGUCAAGUUGGGCCCUGAUAGCAUGUGAUGGCUCGGCGUCUUCGGGUGCUGGGACUGUCCCCUCUGUAACAUCUGCAUUCA